AUGGCGUCGAUUCGCUCUGAUGUGUGUGGAUCAUUUGAAAGUCCUAUUGUUAUAAGUGAUGAUGUUCUUGAUGAACGCAAUCGGUCUAUUGUCAAUGAGAGCUCUUUUGAUUCAUCCAGUUUAAAUGAAGAUGGAGAAUUUUGGGAUAUCGGUGAUCCUUCGUAUAUGUGUUCGCAUUGUGGGGCAAUAUUUUGGUAUGAGGAACGUCUUGGCAAACCAACUAAGCCCACUAAUCCAAGAUAUUCGGGAUGUUGUAUGAAUGGAAAUAUUGAGAUUCCUAAAUUGACUGCUCCACCUGACGUUUUGCACCAAUUAAUGUUCUCUAAUGACGCCAAAAGUAGUCACUACUUGAAAAAUAUUCGUUCAUAUAAUUCGAUGUUUGGUUUUACCUCCAUGGGAGGUAAAGUUGAUAAUAGUGUGAACACCGGUGGUGGCCCUCCUGUAUUUCGUUUAUACGGGCAAAAUUACCACUUAAUUGGUAGUUUACUACCAGUAGAUGGUUGUGAACCGAAGUUUGCCCAGUUAUAUGUGUAUGAUACGGACGAUGAGAUCAAUUACAGAAUAACGUCGGUGAGACAAAUGGAUGCUGUGAAUAAUCUUCAUUCAGAGAUUGUUAGUGAUUUGCAACAUAUGUUGGAUAAAGAAAAUGUGUUAGUAAAGUCUUUUCGUAUGGCCAAAGAAAAGAUUGGGCUUGAAAAUCAACCCAAUGUAAGUUUGAGGUUGCUUGGUAAGAGAGGUAGGGAUGGAAGAACUCAUAAUCUACCUUCUGUUUCUGAGGUUGCUAUGCUUGUCGUUGGGGAUUUUGAUGAAGCUUUGGGUGACAGAGAUAUUGUUGUUGUAAAGAAGUCAGGGCAGUUGCAGCGCAUUAGUGAACUGCAUCCUUCUUAUCUUCCACUUCAGUAUCCACUUUUGUUUCCUUAUGGGGAGGAUGGUUAUAAAGAAGAUAUUGGAUUUUCUAGAAAUUCUUCUUCUUCAUCAACCCAUAGGAAAAGUAUUAGUCCUAAAGAAUUUUUCGCGUUUCGUUUACAUGAAAGAAUUUCUGAGUAUUCUAUUCUUUUAUUUGGAAGGCGAUUGUUUCAACAGUUUGUCGUUGAUGCCUAUACGAUGAUUGAGACUGGUCGUCUUACUUUUGUACGAACCCAUCAGAAAAGGUUGCGGGCUGAAUUGUAUAGUGGUUUAGCAGAAGCUGUUCUUCGUGGUGAGACAGAUGGUUCAAGGCAUGGGAAACGAAUUAUCUUGCCUUCCAGUUUUGUUGGUGGAGCUCGAUAUAUGGUUCAGAAUUAUCAAGAUGCUAUGGCGAUCUGUAGGUGGAUUGGUUAUCCAAAUUUGUUUAUUACCUUUACGUGCAAUCCAAAGUGGCCAGAGAUAUGUCGAUAUCUUGCAUCUAAGGGUUUGAAAUCAGAUGAUCGUCCAGAUAUUAUUUGUAGGAUAUUUAAAGUCAAGUUGGAUAAUUUGAUAAGAGAUCUUAAGAUUGUGUACACGGUUGAGUUUCAGAAACGUGGAUUGCCUCAUGCCCAUAUUUUGCUGUUUUUAAGCAAUGAGGACAAACAUCCUAAGCCUCAACGCAUUGAUGAGAUAAUUUCAACUGAACUUCCUGACCAAGCAACUGAUCCUCACUAUCAUGAAUAUGUUAAAGAAUUCAUGAUGCAUGGGCCGUGUGGUGUUGUUCGAAAAUCAUCUCCUUGCAUGCUGAACGGACGUUGUUCCAAAUAUUUUCCCAAGAAAUAUCUCGCGGCCACAAACAUUGAUGAUGAUGGCUACCCUGCUUACAGACGUAGAGAUAAUGGUCGUGUUGUUAUGAAGGAUGGUGUGCCCUUAGAUAAUAGAUAUGUUGUUCCACACAAUCGUUUUCUUCUUAUGAAGUAUGGCGGUCAUAUCAACGUUGAGUGGUGCAAUCAGUCGCGAUCUAUUAAGUAUUUGUUUAAGUAUAUAAAUAAGGGUUACGACCGUGUGACAACUUCUUUUUUCCAAUCUGGUGCGGGUGGUACUGAACGAUGUAUUGAUGAAGUAAGUUUGUACUACGAUUGUAGGUAUAUAUCGUCUUGUGAAGCUGCUUGGAGAAUAUUUGGAUUUGAAAUUCAAUAUAAGGAUCCUCUUGUUGAAAGAUUGAGUUUUCAUCUUCCAGAUCAACAACAUGUAGUGUUUGAUGAAGCUGAUGACUUGGAUACUGUUUUGAAUCGUAAGACAAUUCAUGAAAGUAAGUUCUUGGCUUGGAUGGAAGCAAAUAAGAUAUAUUCUCAAGGUAGGGAUCUCACUUAUGGUGAAUUUCCGACGAAGUUUGUAUGGAAGAAGAAUCGCUGGGAACCUAGGAAACAAAGAUAUUCGAUUGGAAGGUUGUUUUAUGUUGCCCCUGGUUCUGGUGAUAUGUAUUAUCUCAGAUGUUUGUUGAAUAUUGUUAAAGGAGCUUCUUCAUAUGAAGACAUCAGAUGUGUUAAUGGAUUGUUGGAUGAUGAUAAGGAAUAUGUUGAUGGAAUUGUAGAGGCUUCUUUUUGGGCUUCAGCUCACUCUUUGAGAUUGCUCUUUGUGAGUUUGUUAACAUCUGAAUCUAUUUCACGGCCGGACUUUGUUUGGCAAAGAUGUUGGAAAUAUUUUUCUGAAGAUGUUCUUUAUAACCGCCGGAAAUUAACAAAUAAUCCUGGUAUGAUCUUGAGUGAGGAUGAAAUUCAGAAUGUUGCAUUGGCAGAGAUUGAGAAAUUGUUGCAAAAUCUUGGCAAAACUUUGCGUGAUUUCCAUGGUUUGCCGUAUCCGGAUAGUCAGUAUUUUGAGUCAAGUGAAAAUAGGUUGAUUGCUGAUGAGUUGUGUUAUGAUCGUGAAUGUUUAGCAAGGGAAUAUUUGGAAUCUAUCUCUAAAUUCACUGGUGAACAACUUUCUGGAUUCGUUCGAAGGGCGAUAUUAUUUUAA